AUGUAUGGAGAAAGUGCUGGAGCUCAAUCGACAGCUUUACAUUAUAUUACUCCUGAAAUGCAAUCAUUUUUUCAAGCUGCCAUUAUUCAAAGUGCUCCAAUGUCAAUACCUUUUAGAACCUAUGCCGAAUAUAUCACACCUGGAGUACUCCUUGGCGAACAGCUCCAUUGUAGUUACACGAAUAUUUCCUGUUUUCGCGCAGCUUCAUAUCAGCAAAUAGUUGAUGCUCAAAAAAUUGUCAAUACAAUGUUAACAUCAUUAGAAAUUUUGUUAUUUUUUGAACCAUGGGUACCUGUUAUUGACAAUUCAAUUGUACAAGGACAAGUUAUUGAUAUGAUUCAAAAUAUAUCAUUUCCAUUAAAACCACUUGUUAUUGGUACGUUAACUGAAGAAGCUGUACUUUAUAUUUACGAGGGUUGGCACAAGCCAGUCUAUCCUGAGCAGUAUGCAGAAAUUCUUGUUGCUACAUUUAAUCGACAUGCUUUGAAAGUUCUCGAACGUUUUCCACCUCAAGGAACUGGCGAUCAACGUCUACGUCUGGCUAGUAUUGGUACUCGUUGGGUAUUUGCUUGUUCAACUCGUGUAUUUGCUCGCAAAGCAGCUACAUAUACAUAUGUAUUUGGAUAUCCGCUCGAUUUUGACGGUUGGGAUAAUUUAACAUUUUGUGUUGGUCAUGUCUGUCAUGGUAGUGAAUUACCAUAUGUAUUUGAAUCAGCUUGGGUUAAUUUUACUGAUGCAGGACGAAAAUUAGCAACAAAUUUAGUAACUUAUUGGACUAAUUUUGGUAAAACACAUGAUCCUAAUCAACCGGUAACACCAUCAUUAUUAUGGCCAAAAACAUCAAUAGGUAGUGAGCAAUACAUGUAUUUUCAAAAUCCAUUGCAAGUAGAAGAAAAUUAUUUAAAAGACGAUUGCGACUUUUUUGAUAAGAUUGGUUACAAAUAUUAUUAUUUAUAG